ACAAUGCGAAAGCUGUUCAUCAACUCAAUAUUCCGUCCUUGGCAAAGUUGGCAUGCUGCCUGGGCUGAGGAGCAGCGGGGCAACUCGACUACAAUUAAUCCAAAGCAUUUGGGAUUUAGUGCAUUCAGCACCAAUAAACCAAAGCCAUGCCCUUUCUCUGCUGGGGAUUGUCGCCAAUCACGCCUCCCAGACGCCAGCUCUUAUUGUUGAACGUCAACGUCAUUCCCAACGCAACUGCACUGGAAACAAUAUCAGCCACCUGCUAGACUUGGCCGCGGAAUAUAGAGACACGUAUCACUUGAUUGUGGUUUGGCAGUAGCGAUGAUGGUGAAUCUCCAGACUAGGCGGCGUAUUUCGUCCAGAAGCUUAGCUCAUUCGGUCUGCGUCCAACCGCCUGCGCGAACGCCGCGCCCGUUCUGGGUCAAGUCCAACACACGCGUCCCCAUACAUUGCGUAUCAUCCUGGCAAGCUCUUCAUGCUUCGUCCUUUAAUAAUCAUAUCGCCUACUCAAGAAGUUUAUCUUUACUGAGGGAUGGCUCACAGCAGACUGGUCACAAAGUCACUACGGACAAGGAUAGCAAGCUUGAAAUCGCGCAGAAAGUCAUUGGGUACGAUUUCAAUGACCCGGAUAUUCUUUGGGAGGCUCUUCAGGCUGCGGGCAAUGGAGCAUCCUCCGUGAGGUUUCGUACAAUUUUCGAAGGGAACAAACGUUUGGCAAUGCUCGGCGACGCAGUGCAAAAGCUUGAGCUGAUCCGUGGUCUGUACGAGAAGGGUUUAUCGCGUGUUGAAAUGAACGCCAUCAUUGAGCCAAUUGUGGAAAACAGAAACCUUGCAAACCAAUGCGAUAGCAUUGGACUUACUAGUUGUAUAAACAUCAACCUUUCACAGCACGGAUAUGUAGGUACUAACACGAAAGCUGCGACUAUGGAGGCCGUGGCUGGUGCCGCGUAUCUGGAUGGUGGGCUGGACGCAGCCGCCAGAGUAAUGAAGAAUCUUGGCAUGGCUUGAUACCAUCGAGCUCCCACCUCCUGUGGUUUCAUAGUGUGGACAGGCUCUUUCCUCUGGAGUUAGCAGGUACCUGAUGCCAUUCAAGUAUAAGCAGAAGAACGAACCCAGAUCGGCGUUCAAAGUCUGCAAGUCAGGCUUACAACCCAAAUGGGGAGCA